AAAAUGAAAAUAUAAUUAUUGCAGUUCAAAACAAGAAAAACAUUCUUCUUGCAAUUCACUCUAUCAAAAUGAAAACAUUGUUAUUAAUGGAAAAUGUGAAGGCAUUCAAAAUAACUUGUAUGCUAAUGAAAUUGAAAAUCUGAAAUCUCCUUUUGAAGAGGAGCCACUUUAUCAGUUUUAUAUAAAAGAUGUUAAAACUAGAGCUAUGUUAUGGCAGAAGGAGAAAAGUGAAGACCAGUCCAAAAUGGAAAAUUUAUAUGAAAAUAUAAAUGAAGACAGACCUCAGCUGAAAUCUCAGUUGUCGGCAAUGGAAUUGAUUGAAUAUCACUCUUCUGGACAACGAACUUUAUGGUGUGAAGUACCUGAGGUUCAGAAAAGUGGCAUUCUGUCUACAUUAUCGAUACAAGAACGCAGUUUGCAGGAAGCAUUGUUUGAAGUUGUCACUUCAGAGGCUUCAUAUUUAAAAAGUCUAAAUAUUCUAAUUGAACAUUUUAUUCGAUGUCCUGAAUUCUCAGAUGAAUUUUCUCCAAAAUGUGUUUUGAACAGGCAGGAAAGACAUACACUUUUUUCUGAUGUUUUUCCUGUAAAAGAAGUUAGCGAAAGGCUGUUGGCUGAUUUAGAAAAUCAUUGGAAGGAGAAUAUAAUGUUAAUUGAUGUCUGUGACAUCUUGCAUAAUUAUGCCUUAAGAGAUUUUUCAGUUUACGUCAGAUAUUGUUCAAACCAAAUACAUCAAGAACGAAAACUUAAAGUUUUAAA